UGGCAAUUCGUUUCUGUUUGUUUUUGUUUUUGACGGAAAAUGAAUGUCAUCGGUGGAAACUGUGCUAAUUUGUAGGCUUUUGUCGUUAAAAUCGAUCCGUAACUGUGAUUUUUGGAGCUUUAUAUAAUUUUCUUUGGAUAUUUUUGUUAGAUUAUGGGUAAAGUAAAGUGAGUGUUUCCAUUUUUGGUAAUUGAAUGGGUUAGUGUUAUGCUGCAGUUUUUAUGAGAUAUAUUGAUCACAAGGUAUUUCCUCAAUGGGGGGAGCUUGUUCUAGGAAAAGAGACCAAUUGGACAAUGAAGAUGGCUUACACAGAGGGGUUUCUGGAAGAUAUUGCAAAAGUGGGAGUUCGAAGUGGUUGGCAACAACUUCUACUAGACCUAUUGUAGAAAUUCAAAGGGAAAAAGGAAAAUGCCCAUCACUUAUGGAAUUAUGCAUUUACAAAAUACGGGAGGAUAUAGAUAAUUAUGGUUCAUUUUCUAAGCUCCCAAGAGAUCUAAGUCAGCUGAUCUUUAAUGAACUAGUGAAUUCCCAACGUCUGACUAAUGUUUCUCUUGAAGCUUUUCGAGAUUGUGCUCUUCAGGACCUUUACCUGGGAGACUACCCCGGGGUUAAUGACAAUUGGAUGGAUGUCAUUUCUUCACAAGGAUCAUCCUUGCUUUCGGUUGACCUCUCUGGUUCUGAUAUCAAUGAUCCUGGGUUGAUAUAUCUCAAAGAUUGUGCAAACCUUCAAGCUUUAAAUUUAAAUUACUGUGACCAGAUUUCUGACCGCGGACUACAACACAUCGGCGGUCUUUCAAACUUGACCAGUCUGAGCUUUCGAAGAAACAGUGCAAUUACUGCACAGGGAAUGACUGCCUUUUCUGGCCUAGUAAACUUGUUGAAGUUGGACCUGGAAAAAUGUCCUGGGAUUCAUGCGGGGCUUGUUCAUAUUAAAGGUUUGACAAAGUUAGAGUCUCUUAAUAUUAAAUGGUGUAAUUGCAUAACAGAUGCUGAUAUGAAGCCUCUCUCAGGGCUUACAAAUUUGAAAAGCUUACAGAUUUCCUGCAGCAAGGUCACAGAUUUUGGUAUCACUUAUUUAAAAGGUCUGCAAAGCCUUUCUAUUUUGAACUUGGAAGGCUGCCCAGUUACAGCUUCAUGCUUGGAUUCUCUUUCAGCGCUUGCAUCCCUGUUAUAUUUGAAUCUUAGCAGAUGCAGUUUAUCUGAUGAUGGAUGUGAGAAGUUUUCGAAGCUUGGUAAUCUAAAGGUAUUAAACUUGGGUUUCAAUGACAUCAGUGAUGCAUGUUUGAUAUACCUGAAAGGUUUGACAAAUUUGGAGAGCUUGAACUUGGAUUCAUGUAGAAUUGGUGAUGAUGGGUUGGUGCACGUGACAGGUCUUCGACAUUUGAAAUGUUUAGAGUUGUCUGAUACUGAAGUUGGAAGCAAUGGACUUCGCCAUCUUUCUGGUUUGUGUAAUCUGGAGAGCAUAAACCUGUCAUUUACUGUUGUUACUGAUGGUGGUUUGAGAAAACUGUCUGGACUGUCAUCUCUUAAAUCACUUAAUCUGGAUGUCCGUCAAAUCACAGAUGCUGGACUUGCAGCUCUUACAAGUUUGACUGGACUGACUCAUCUUGAUCUUUUUGGAGCUCGCAUCACUGAUUCUGGGACAAUUUACUUGCGAAAUUUCAAGAACUUGCGGUCACUGGAAAUAUGUGGUGGAGGAUUGACCGAUGCUGGCGUGAAGAAUAUUAAAGAUCUUUCAUCCUUGGCGCUGCUAAAUCUGUCUCAGAACUGUAACCUAACAGAUAAAACAUUGGAGAUGAUCGGUGGGUUGACAGGAUUGGUGUCUUUGAACGUUUCGAAUUCUCGUAUAACAAGUGCAGGAUUGCGACAUUUAAAGCCACUGAAGAACUUGAAAUGUCUGACCUUGGGGUCCUGCAAGGUCACAGCCAAUGAUAUCAAGAAGCUUCAGUCAGCUGACCUCCCUAAUCUGGUAAGCUUCCGCCCCGAGUAAUUCCAAUAAUGUUAUAUUCUGUAAAUAGCUUUUAUUAGAGGGGAGGGCUGCUUGCUAUCUGUAUUUAUUAUAAGGUUAAGCAGAUGUUCUACGUAUUUGUACAUUUGUGUGAUUGGAAGCUGAUUGAAUUUUCAAACCCAGCUGGUGAACUAAAGCUUCUUAUGGAAAGCCUAAAUCAAAGAUCUUUCUCUUUCAUGUGCUUUUAAAUUUAAUUU